AUCGUUUUUACUGCAAUGCUGUCCCCACGAAAUCUUAUCAUCUACGACAAUGCCCAACACUAGUCUUUAUUGCUCAUCACAAUACUUAACAGAUGAGGGAUAGAUUGUAUGAGUUAGGCUGUUCUGUAAGUACCAAGAUGCUUUAAAAAAUUAUUAUUUGUUCAUCGGUUUCUAUUGCUGCUGUGGUGAGUACUUGUAAAAAAUUAUAUAAAAAUCUUUGCCGGGGAGAACAUUUUGCUGAUUCAUUAUGUUACAACAUUGGGUACGUACCAUGCUGUUUCCAUGGCUAGAAUAUGAAGAGAACUAGACAAAAUGCAUGUAUAAUAAUUAUAACACAUAAAAACUGUCAAAAUUUAUGAAUGUAUUAGUAUGUUAUCUAUUAAUUACUGAUAUAGACUGUUCAAGUAUAAGAAAGAGGUUAUUAUAAGAAAAGCAACUAAUACUAUUGAUGUAGGUGAAACAAUUUUCUUUGUUCUAUCAAUGAUUUCAAAACAUUUCACAUAAUAGUUAUUUUUAAAUAUAUCUAUCCCAGUUAUUUAACUACAAUUAAUACAAAGACUUUGUACAAAAAAAUAUCAAGGAAAACUACACAUGAUUCAACUCGAGUAUGAACUGAUUAAAACACUUGAUUUGAUACAGUGUUCAUAAUGAUAUAGUUUAUAACAGAAUUUAAGUUAUAAUACUUGAAGAGUACUCAAGUGUUUGUAUCAGAGACUUUGUGAGAAAUUGGUGUAUUGAAUGUAUGAGACUGUUCAAGGGCUGGUUAGGGUUGUCAACUGAGUGUUACCAGAUUUGUAAGUAUUAAUAUGGAUUAUUGGCUGGUGUACAGGAUGAGCAGUGUUGGUGACAUUGUAUGUAUUUUCUGAUACAAUUUUACUUGGUUUUCUAAGGGGUUCUGUUUUAUUUAUAGUGUCUUCACACAAACAUUUUUUUUAUAUUCAUAAUGUCCUACAAUGUUUCCCGAUUGAUUUAAAAACAUAAAGCAUUUGAUAAAAAUAAAUUUCAUACAAAAAAUAUUUGAUUACAAAAAUUUUAUACCAUCAUUAAUUAAUUUUCAUUUCACAGUAUGUUACAAGGAUUAUAUUUUGUCUAAUGACUAUAAAAUAUAUGUCAUUAAUAAUAGUCACAUAGCUGUUAUAUAAAAUGAUUCCGUGUUAUUCUUUCCAAUAAAUUUAAGAUGAUUUUUGCCAUUGUUCAAUGUUAAAUAAAGAGUAAAUUGAGAUAAAGAGAUAAAGCAUUUCUAUUUAGGAUUAAAAAAAAAAAUGAUAAAAAAAUUAAACCAUUGUAUCUUGAUACUUCAUUUUCCACUGUUGCUGUUAUAUUGGAGCUCAUGUUUUUAUUUAAUGAUUUGAUUACAGCGAAUGGAUCUAGGUGAGUGUCCUAAAAUUCAUGAUCUGGCUCUGCGGGCGGACUAUGAACUGGCGUCAAAAAGUAAAGAUUAUUUCUAUGACAUUGAUGCUACGGAACAUUUAGAAGCUUUCAUAGCUGAUUGCGAUCGUCGCACGACUUCCGCUAAGCAACGCCUGGCUGAGACUCAAGAGGAAUUGUCGGCUGAGGUCACCGAGAAGGCUAAUGCUGUACAUGAACUCGCUGAACAGAUCGGACAAAAGCUGGCUAGAGCCGAAGCACUCGGGGAAGAGGGGAUGGUGGAAGAAAGUGUUAAACUUAUGGGAGAGAUCGACGAGCUCCGUAAGAAGAAAGCGAUAGCUGAACAGGAAUAUCGCAACUCGAUGCCGGCGUCCUCGUACCAACAGCAGAAGCUGAGAGUGUGUGAAGUUUGCUCCGCUUACCUCGGCAUUCACGACAACGAUAGACGGCUGGCCGAUCACUUCGGUGGCAAACUGCAUCUAGGAUUCAUUACCAUCAGAGAGAAGUUAUACGAACUGAAGAAAACUGUUGAUAAACGUCGCGAGGAACGCGGCGCAAGCGAACGCGAGCGGAGUAGCGGGCGGAGGCAUUACGUAGGCGGGCGGGAGUUGGAUAGACGAGCGAGGAGACAUCGAGAGACAGCGAGAGAUAGGGAUAGAGGAAAAGAGAGGGAGAGGGAGAGAGAUCGACCCGAAAGACCUGAAAGGACUGAGCGUUCGGAGCGACCAGAACGACCAGAGCGGGCGGAGCGAGAAAAGAGACGCAGUCGUUCCCGCAGUCGCAAGCGUGACGGGUCCCGUGAGAGACGCGAACGCGAGCGUGACGCUCGUCGCAGUCGCUCGUACCGGUCCACUUCACGCGAGCGAAGAAGAGACUGAGAAACAACCCAAUAGUAUAAACAUAUGUAUAUGAAAACAAGAACCUGUAUGAAAUGAUUCAAAAAUACCCUCAACAACCAUAAUAGAUUUUUAAAAACAACAUCCUGUAUCUUAGUCUUUGUAUCGCUAUACAGCACCAGACAGGGGUUUAAUUGCUGAAUCUGUCGAUUUUCAUUAAUAAUGUAAUGCAUGUGACCAAUAUACAUAUAUAAUAUAAAUGUCGCUGAAAUCUUUGUCUAUCUAUCCCCAGUGAAAUUUCACAGAGGCGAUAGAACAAUAUUCACUGUACGGUGAAAAUAUUAUGGGUGACUUAUCGUAAACAUACAAUAUUGCUAAUAAUUUUCUAAAAGAAUCUGCUUAACAACAGCAUUACGAGAAAAUAUAGACUACUCUUAUAAUUCUAUCAAUAGAAGAAAGAUUAAUAACUCGAAGCAUAAAUUUUUGUAUAUUAUUAGACAAUUCCUCCUUAAAUAUUCUAAAAUAUGUGUCUGUAAAAAACAACCAAAUGUUAUGUUCUGAAAUCUCUUAAUCUAUUUUUCUUGUAUAAGCUUGAAAUAUAUCGAUAUUUUUUUUAAAACUACUGUUAUUAUAAUAAAAAGUUUAAGGACUGCUGUGCUGAAAAUUCAUCUUAAUAUCGUUUUUUUUUUUAUUAAUUUUAUAUCCUCUAAGAAACUCUGUUUCUAUGUGUCUCAUUUCUUUAAUACACAAUUCACAUGCCAUAAAUUUAUUCAACUCACUUCAAAGCUAAUAUUUUUAUUUAAUUUCCCAAAUGUUUCUAAAUACUAGGUAGAUUUUUUUUAACAUAUAAAUAUAUAUCUUAAGACUACAGUCUGACUAUUCACCUCAUUAAAAUCAUUAAGUGUAGAACAUGUCAAUAAAAUGUAAAAUAAAUGAAUUUCAAUAGUAAAUAAGAUGUAUUAGAAGAAACGAUUUGUUUUUUAAUAUAAAAAUAAACAUAUUUUAGUUCACAACUUGUUAUUUUUCAUCUUUUAACGUUUUAUGUAAUAUAUAAGGAGAAUAUUGAAUUUUUUUAGAACACUAAAACGUCGUAAUAUCAUUUGGUUAAUCAAUUCAAGCAUAGAUUGAAGCGAUUCAUUCGGAGCGUAAAUAAUUUUAAGCACUGUAAUGUUAAUGUUAUUUACUUAUUCUUCAACUUGCGGUAAUCUUAAAACGGUUCCUCUUAUAAUAUUUUUUUGUUAAAUAAAAUAAAAUUAAAAAUA